AGAUCACCGAUCGCUUCGUCACUGUCGAUGUGAACGACCUGAACCGACUUCGCGACCGCACGGAUCAACAAGUCGUCUACUUUCUCUAUCUUGGUCUCGCGACAUUUUUCGGCACCUACAUUUACGUAGCGCUUUGGGUACGAUCUUGCAUUAGUACCGGCCGAUCGAUGCUGUCGCUUGCAGCGUCUGAACUGGUGUACACUAACCUUCCUCCUCUCAUUCUCAUGGCUUAACAGGCGUAUACUGGAGAAAAGACUACCUCGCGUCUGCGCUUAGAAUACUUCCGAUCGUUGCUUCGGCUUGAUCUGGAAUUCCAUGAGACCGAGGGUGCAGGUGCUCUUACCUCUCGCCUGGAGACUGACUUACGGAAUGUGCAGUCCGGCAUCAGCGAGAAGUUGCCGCUUAACGCAAUGUAUCUGUCCUGCGGUGUCACGGGCUUCACAGUGGCUCUGGUCAAGGACUGGAGGCUUGGUCUUGCCCUGCUGGCAAUGCUCCCCUGCUUGGUUGGCAUAAGCUUGAUUUUUGCCCGAACCGCCAUCGGCUUCACGAUUCAGAUUAUGUCGAUGAGUAACCAGGCUAACACCCUGGCGGAAGAGGCCCUGGGUUCAGUUCGGACUGUACAGAGCCUGUGCGCUGAGAAGGACCUCAGUCAUAAAUACAACGACGGGAUCGCUCGCUCUCUUCGCCUUGGCCGCAAGAGAGCUAUAGCAAUUGCCGGGUGCAUGGCAGGCUUCACCCUGGUCAUCUACUGUGGCUACUCGCUCGCCUUCUAUUUGGGGGCAAUUCUUGUUCGCUCUGGUCGUACUAGUCCGGGCAACGUCAUCACUGUUUUCCUCAGCGUCAUGAUGGGCUCCUUUGCGCUGGCGCAAAUUCCGUCUAACAUUCAAGGCUUCGUCUCUGCUAGAGCCUCAUUUGCAUCCCUGACUCGCAUCAUUGAGCGCACGCCGACGAUCCACAACCCGGUCGAAUCGCGCUUGACGCUGCCGUGUGGCCCAGUUCACAUCGCUUUUAACAAUGUGACCUUUGCGUACCCUAGCCGACCAGAUCGACGUCUGCUGGAAAAAUUUUCCCUCAACUUUCCUGCAGGCUCUUCGACGGCUGUUAUCGGACCCAGCGGGGCCGGUAAGUCGACAAUUCUCGCCCUAUUGGAGCGUUUUUACGAUCCUCAGGAUGGCACCGUGCUCGUUGGCGGUCACGACGUGCGCGACUUCGAGCUGAAGUAUCUGCGCGGCAGCGUCCUUGCCUAUGUGCCGCAAGAGCCGUCUCUCUUCCAGGCAAGUAUUUUGGAAAAUGUCGGCUACGGCAUCUCUCCGACGUUGAACGAAUCAACUGAACAACGCCGUUAUCGAAUUGAGUCGGCUUGCCGACUCGCCAACGCACACGACUUCAUCAUGGCGCUUCCGGACAGAUACAAUACGCAGGUGGGGCAAGGGGGGCUGGAAUUGUCAGGAGGACAGCGCGCGCGCAUCGCUAUAGCUCGUGCUGUAGUUGCGGACCCACGAGUCCUGCUGCUUGACGAGAUUACCAGCAACCUUGACGCGCUGUCUGAGCAGGCCGUUAAUCGUGGCCUUGAAGGCGCCUCGAAAGGUCGCACUACUAUUCUCGUUACUCAUCGGCAAUCAUCGCUCCCUGCUACCCAACGUGUUGUGGUCAUCAACCACGGUCGCAAGGUGGCAGAAGGAACCUUAGCGGACGUGCGAAAGGACGAGUCGAUCGCAGGUCUGCAGCUUUUUGGGUGCGGUAUGGCAAAAGAGAGUGAUGUAGAGCAGUUAGGCACGUCAAAGGAGGUUUCCAGCCCGGACGACCAAUUGCUUCCGAUCAACCCUUACAGUAAAGACGUGGACGAUGCUGAGAAAGGCAAUACCAAUGCGUCUAUCGGCGGAGUUACCAAUGGCCGUUUGAGGAUGUUGUGGAGGCUCAGCGCUGGCAGUCGCACGCUCAUUGCUGGCGGCAUUGUUGGUUGCGGUGUGGCUGGUAUGAUCUAUCCGGUCUUUGCGAUCCUCUAUGCGAAUGCAUACAUUGACCUCGACAUUGGAGCUGCAUCAGCGACCGAUCAGAACCGCAAUGCACUUUGGUUCUUUGUGGCCGCUCUGGUGGGCGGCGGCGGUGUUUUUCUUCAGAACGUCUGUUUGUCCAUUGCAUCAGAGCACCUGGCAGCAAAUCUCCAGACGACGGUCUUCGCAACUCUUCUCCAGAAGCCGAUCUCCUUCAUUGAUUCACAGUCACCUGGUGGGCUGCUCUCGACCCUCAACUCGAGCACGGAAGCAAUCCAAAACGUCACUGGGAGCUCAGUUGGGAACGUAAUCUCAUCUUUUCUGACGCUCAUUUGUGGUGCAAUCGUUGCCAUCUCGUACAACUGGAAAUUUGCUCUCGUCAACUUGUGCCUCACUCCCAUCACAUUGCUCACAGGCUACUGCCGUUUGAAGACGAUCGACGCCAAAGAGGGCCGACUUGCCAAAGCGCAUGAACCUGCUGUUCGUCUUGCGUGCGAGGCGACCACAAGCAUCCGGACCGUUGCGCUCCUGGCACGCGAGGAAAGCGUCCACAAGGAAUUUGCAGCUCACCUCGCCAUCCCUCAUCGCUACGUCAAGCGCAUGGCCCUUUUGGACAGCGGGCUCUUUGCGCUCUCCCAAACCAACAUGUUUCUCGUUAUCGCGAUGGGCUUCUGGUACGGUAGUGUCCUCAUCUCGCAAGGCCAGCUGAACGCCCAUGACUUCUUCGUCGGUUUUAUGGCGAUCGUGUCUGGCUCAUUCCAGUGCGUCAAUCUCUUUUCUCAGACACCGCAGCUGUCACAGGCCAAGGAAGGGGCCGGUAAGAUUGUCGAGAUGCUGGCUGAUUCUGGUGCGGACCCCUUCACCGCGCCAUCAGGGGUGAGCCCAGCUUUCGAUUCGGCCUUGACUCUUUCAGACGUACGAUUCGGCUACCCGUCGCGCAGGGGCAACGCCCUGGAAGGGGUGGGCCUUGAGGUCGCUCCGGGGUCAUACACAGCGCUGUGUGGUCCAUCAGGCAGCGGCAAGAGCACCAUUCUGGCUCUUAUCGAGCGCUUUUAUUCGCCGCACAGCGGCCAGAUCACUCUAGGCAAACAUACCAUAGGGUCGUCACCAGUGACGCAAUACCGCAGCCGCAUCGCACUAGUCACACAGGAACCAGUCCUCUACAGCGCCUCGAUCCGUGAUAACCUCGUCCUCGGCCUUCCGAAAGACUUGAUGCUAUCACAGACCCAGGGAGAGCUUGAGAAGGCUAUCCAUGUGGCGAUGCGCGAGGCCAACAUCCAUCAAACAAUCGAGGGACUUCCUGAGGGUCUCGAAACACACAUCGGCUCCCGAGGCGUGCAACUCUCGGGUGGCCAACGUCAGCGCCUGGUACUUGCACGAUCGCUCCUGCGCCGUCCCGCUCUCCUCCUGCUCGAUGAGGCCACUUCUUCCCUCGAUGCUCGCAGCGAGCGUCUGAUUCAGACGGCGCUAGAUAGCGGCGCGACAACAUCUCAACGUACGACCAUCUGCGUGGCCCAUCGACUCGCUACGAUUCGCCAAGCCAACAACAUCUUCGUCCUGGCGGAUGGGAGAGUCGUCGAUUCGGGGACCUUCGAGGAACUCGCGAAUCGGGAUGGCCUUUUCCGCGAGAUGCUCCAGCAACAGAAUGCUGAGGCGGUUCAAGAAAUCUCUUCCAACCAGUCCAAGCUUCAAAUGUAGCGAUUACUACAAAUAUGUUCUCUUUUUCGUCGUACGCGGCGUCGACCAUCCUAGGAGUAGGGUGGUGAAUGCUGGGAGUUGCCUAAUAUGAUGGGUUUGUGAAGUGGAGCGUAAACCGGCGAAAGAUGGGCAGAGCUCGUGCAAGGCAAUCAAAAAGGCUGUCAGAAGCGGAUGACUGAUAGAGUCAUGAUCCAUGAUAGGCGUGCUUACCUGUUGAUCGGAUACGUUUUCUUGCGUGUGCACUCAGCUCACUUGCGCAGUGUUGUAUGUACAAUACCAUGACGCCAAGCCACA